AUGGAGGGCGCCUUCACCCAUGUUGGGAAUCAUCUGAUAUCCGACUCCGCUGCUGCUAUCAAGGCAGGAGCCGAUGAUCUUUCUACAAUCGACCCCGACGAGAGCUUACUCUAUACCAAAUACGGAGAUCAAAACGGCCGCCGCCGAGCUGACGAUGACGACAACCAAACUGAAGUAUUCGAGGAAGACGAUAACGAUAGUCUAAACAGCGUUCCGGUUGAUGGACUGAAUGGACUCAAGCUCAAGGGCAAAGACGAGGAGAAGGAACUUCCGGCUCACGCAUGCGCAUAUUGCGGCAUUCACUCUCCAGGAUGUGUCGUGAAAUGUCUCACAUGCAAUAAAUGGUUUUGCAGUGCGAGAGGCAACGGUACUUCGACCCACAUCGUGAACCACCUCGUUCGAGCUCGCCACAAGGAAGUUCAGCUUCACCCAGAGUCUACCCUCGGCGAUACCGUUUUGGAAUGCUACAAUUGUGGAACAAAGAAUGCUUUCCUUUUGGGUUUUAUCCCAGCAAAGUCCGAUACUGUUGUUGUCCUUCUCUGCCGACAGCCUUGUGCCGCCAACACCUCGAACAAGGACAUGAACUGGGAUACAUCACGAUGGCAACCACUGAUCGAAGAACGAGCCUUUCUACCAUGGCUGGUUGCGACGCCAUCAGACUCCGAGCAACUUAGAGCCCGUCACCUUACACCGAACAUGAUUGCCAAACUAGAGGAGAUGUGGAAAAUUGAGCCCAAAGCGACAGUAGUUGACCUUGAAAAGGCAGCCAGUAUUGAUGACGAUCCCCAGCCUGUCCUAUUAAACUACGACGAUCCCUACCACUAUCAGAACAUCUUCGGUCCAUUGGUUAAGAUGGAAUCCGACUACGACAAGAAAUUAAAGGAAGCACAAUCUGAAGAUGGACUCUUGGUUCGUUGGGACUACGGUCUGAACAACAAGCAUCUUGUGAGCUUCAAUCUUCACAAGAUUGAGUCCGGCGACGUAAAGCUUGCUGUCGGUGACGAGAUGCGCCUACGAUACAAAGGCGAGCUACGAUCUCCUUGGGAAGGAGUCGGCUAUGUUAUCAAGAUCCCGAACAACCAGUCUGACGAAGUUACGCUUGAGUUGCGCAAGACUGGAAACGAGAAGCUCGUUCCCACCGACCUGUCUCACAACUUUUCGGCCGAUUAUGUCUGGAAAGCGACAUCCUAUGACCGUAUGCAACUGGCCAUGAAAACCUUCGCUGUCGAUGACAUGAGUGUAUCUGGUUACAUUUUCCACACUCUGCUGGGUCACGAGGUUCAGCUACAAGUUAUGAAGACGAACCUGCCUAAGAAGUGGUCUGCUCCUGGCCUUCCUGAUCUCAACCCUAGCCAAGUCGGUGCGAUAAAAGCAGUUCUGCAGAAGCCCCUCAGCUUGAUCCAAGGACCUCCCGGAACCGGUAAGACUGUAACCUCUGCCACCAUCAUCUACCAUCUAGCCAAGAUGAGUGGAAACCAGGUUCUAGUCUGCGCACCCUCCAACGUCGCUGUGGAUCAGCUUUGCGAGCGCGUCCACCGCACUGGGCUCAAGGUGGUCCGCCUCACAGCCAAAUCUCGUGAGGAUGUUGAAUCAUCUGUCAGUUUCUUGGCUCUCCAUGAACAGGUCCGCAUGUCAGAGCACAACAGCGAGCUUGUCAAGCUCUCGCAGCUCAAGAACGAGCUGGGUGAGCUUUCAAGUCAGGAUGAGAAAAAGUACAAGCAACUCACCAAGAUUGCCGAACGUGACAUUCUCAACAAUGCCGACGUUGUUUGCUGCACUUGUGUGGGUGCCGGUGAUCCCCGCCUGUCGAAGAUGAAGUUCAGAAACGUCCUGAUCGACGAGUCAACUCAAUCAGCAGAGCCUGAGUGCAUGAUCCCCCUUGUUCUUGGAUGCAAGCAGGUUGUCCUUGUGGGUGAUCAUAAGCAACUCGGCCCUGUCAUCAUGAACAAGAAGGCUGCCAAGGCCGGUCUUAACCAGUCACUUUUUGAGCGCUUGGUCAAUCUGAAGCUUUCCCCGAUCCGACUGAAUAUCCAGUACCGUAUGCACCCUUGCCUUUCUGAAUUUCCCUCCAAUAUGUUUUACGACGGUAGUCUGCAGAAUGGUGUCACCCACGAAAACCGCUUGCGCAAGGAUGUCGACUUUCCUUGGCCAGUCGGUGAAAUGCCUAUGAUGUUCUGGUCUAAUUUGGGCCACGAAGAAAUUUCUGCCUCGGGAACAUCGUAUCUCAACCGCACGGAAGCAUCCAACGUUGAGAAAGCAGUCACUCGCUUCUUCAAGGCAGGGGUGAAGCCUGCUGAUAUUGGUGUCAUUACCCCAUACGAAGGUCAACGAAGCUACAUCGUGACUACUAUGCAAAACUCGGGAACUUAUAAGAAGGAGUACUACAAGGAGGUAGAGGUCGCUUCAGUUGAUGCUUUCCAGGGCCGUGAGAAGGAUUUUAUUGUCCUCUCAUGUGUCCGAUCCAACGAUAAUCAGGGUAUUGGUUUCUUGUCGGACCCCCGCCGUCUUAACGUGGCCUUGACCCGAGCUAAAUACGGUCUUGUCAUUCUUGGCAAUCCCAAGGUUCUGUCCAAGCACGAGCUCUGGCACAACUUACUUGUUCAUUUCAAAGAUCGCAAGUGCUUCGUCGAAGGCCCUUUGACCAACCUCCAGGCAUGUCUGCUUCAGUUCAGUCGCCCCAAAGUUAGUUUCCGCCAGAAGAACCAGCAACCGCAGUUCGGAGCUGGGAGCUACUCUAACGGAGGGCGUUUCAACCCGCCUCCUUCGGGUCGGGACUUCGAUUUGGGCUCCAUGGUGUCGUACAUCCCCGAUGAUGUAUCUUCCGUUCACGGUUCUGCGUUUGGCGGCGCUUCCCUCAACAGCGCCUUUCCCCCCAUGUUCUCGAGCUUCACACCGGACCAGUGGCCUGGUCUACCAGGUGUAGCUGCUCCUGGCCGAGGAGGCAAGAGCCGUGGCCGUGCCACUGAAAGCAUUGCGGGCGAGAGCGUGGCCAAUUCCGAGUAUACGGACGCAUCUUCAAGUGUGAUUGGCGGCAAGGGAGUAGGGCAAGGCGGCGUCAGUCUUGGAGCAGGACUUCAUGAUGCUGUCACGGGCAUGCGGCCUGUCUCGUACAGUCAAAGCGACCGCCUCAAGCAGUACGUCGAAAGCAGUGGACGCAUGGUUCCCGGUAACGGCUAUGGACGACGUUUUGAUGACGACGAGAAGAGUGUCAGCACGGCAUUCCACAGCCAGAUUGGAGGAGGUUACGACUGA